AAAAAACAAAAAUAAAAAAAACAAAGGAUGACAUUUGUAAAAUUAAAAUAUUUAUUUACAGUUGGAUGACAAUCACCAACAAAUAAAAUAAUAAAUAAAUUUUAUAAAUGUCAACAUUUUAAGUGUUUUAUUAUUGAAUGUUAUUUAACGAAAUAAUUUAAAUUUUUUAAUUACUUAACAACCUUGACAGUGAUAAUUAUCAAAACAAUAAUAGAAUGGUAUCUUCUGAUGAAAUAAAAAUAGAAAAAGUAACAAUAAUACAUGACAAUAAAAAUAAUGAAAAAGAUGAAACAGUAACAUUUGUUGAGCAAUAUGUCAAAGAUGUUUGUGAUUUUAGUUCACAGUAUGGUAGUAGUAAUAGUAUUUCUUACACUGGAUAUAACAUAGCUGGUAAACCCAGUAAAUUUCCAGACUAUGGAGAUUACCCCCAGGCAUUUGUCAUGAGAACUUAUGGACGUUGGUGGGACGAGUCACCAUCAAAAUUAAUUGAUUUUAUGCCACAAAAUAAUGAAGACUAUGAAAGUCAAGAUUACAUUGAUGUUGAAUAUCAUCAAGAAGUUUAUCCAAUUCGUGUGUCAAUUUUCGAAACAUACAAUCCAGGAAGUGUUGUUAAAGUAUGGGCAAUGGAUACAAAUAAACAAUGGCAUAAAUUAUGGAGUGGUUCACCUCAAUCUGUAGCUCAUAAACCAAGAAUAUUUUCACCACCACUUAAAUCUUGUAAUUUUAAAACAAACAAAAUUCGAAUUGAAUUUAAUCAUAGUAAUCUUGAUUACUAUACUGAGCUUGAUGCUAUAUUAUUAAUUGGUACUGUUGAACUUAUUUUGCCACAUGUUGGAUUUCGAAAUAGAUGUAUCAGUGCAUUACUCAAAGAAUUAAAUAAUUCAACCAAUAAUAUUGAUGAUCCAUUUAAUUUAACACCAGAUUAUUUAAACCAAAAUUAUGAUUUAAAAAAAUUAAAAAAAACUUUACAUAAACAUUGUGUUUUAUAUAAAAGUAAAAUAUCAGAUAAAAUUCCAAAAGGUAAAUUAUUAUCAAAAUUGGGUCUUCAUUGUUAUUGUAUACCACCAAUUGAAGAAGCAUUCAACAGUCUUCAGCAAUUUUUACAAGAUGAUUUUCCAAAAUUAAUUCGUGAAAUAAAUAUAUCAACAUCAAAUUCAUCAACAAUAACAGAAUCAACAGUUGGAAAUUUUUGUGGAAAUUUUUCAAUACUACCAGAUGAAACAAUGCUUAAAAUAUUAAAUAAUUUAGAUUUAAAAUCUCUUUGUUGUUGUUGUCGUGUUAAUAGAUAUUUUAACAAUAUUGCUAAAGAUGCAUUGUUAUAUACUAGUUUAAAUUUAAAACCUUAUUGGAAUUGUAUUGAUUCUGAUGCUCUAACAGUACUUGCACCACGUUGUAAAUAUUUACAAAAGCUGAAUUUAUCAUGGUGUGGUAAUUAUAAUAAAAUAACAACUGAUUGUGUUGUUGAUUUUUUAACUUCAUGUGGAUCAUUGUUGACACAUUUACGAUUAAAUUGUUGUCAUUUUGUUAAUGAUUAUUUUAUCAUUCAAGUAUCAACAAUAUGUAAAAAUUUAAAAGAAUUAUGUUUACGAAAUUGUACGUCAAUUACAAAAGAUGGUUUUGAUUCAUUGAGUAAACUACAUUGUCUAGAAAGAUUGGAACUUUAUAGAACACUGAUUGAAACACCAGCAAUGUGUGCAAUAUUAAAAAAUAAUUAUCAAAUGAAACAUUUAAAUUUAGCUGGUAUGCAUGAACGUUUAAAUAUGGAUGAUGUUGUCAUUGAAUUAUCAAAUUCUUGUUUAAAUAUUGAGAGUAUUGAUUUUUGGAAAGUUCAAACAUUAACACCAGUUGGUGUUAGAGCAUUAACAAAAUGUACAAAACUUCGUGAAGUUGAUUUUGGCUGGUGUGGAGGAAUUGGUGCACCUGGUGAUUCUUUAAAAGUAUUUUUAACAAAUUGUCAUUCAUUGGAAAAAGUAUUUCUAGCAGCUCUUCGUGGUUUAAAUGAUCGUGAUAUUGAGCCACUUUUACUUUGUCAUAAUCUUGAACAACUUGAUUUACUUGGAGCAAGAUCAUUAACACCAGAUAUUUGUCUAAGAAUAUUACUAUGUUGUCCACAAUUAAAAAUGAUUGAUUUAAGUUUUUGUGAUGGUAUUAGUGAUACUAAAAUUCAAGAAUGGAGAAAACUUUAUCCACAUGUUUCAAUUAAAAGAAGCUUUCAAGCUGGUGGCAAUAAUUCAUCUCAAACUUAAUAAUCUACGACUGUAAAGCUUUUUAUAUAUAUUUUAUAAAUUUACAAGAAAAAAACAAAUAAAUAAUAAAUGUUUUAAAUAAA